GGCUGUGGGGUCACCUUCUCUUCCUCUCUCCUGCCACCCCAAGUCGUCUGCAUUGCCUGUUACACACUGGGAGAGCACAUUGGCCUGGACCUCAAGCUUCCUACGCUCUAGUCCCAGCUCUGUCAUUCCCUAGAGCUGUGGCCUCGGAUCCCUCCCCGGGGCCACAGCUGCUGAGUGCGCGUCGAAUCUGAAGAAAAUCUACACUGUACAAACAGUCCAGAUAUUCUGGAGUGUGUACAAUAACAUCCCUCCUGUGACUAGCCUGCCUUUGAGAUGUAGUUACCAUUUAAUGAGAGGAGAGAGGCGACCACUUUGGGAAGAGGAGAGCAAUGCCAAGGGCGGCGUGUGGAAGAUGAAAGUCCCCAAGGACAGCACGUCCACAGUUUGGAAAGAGUUGUUGUUAGCAACUAUCGGGGAACAGUUCACGGACUGUGCCGCAGCAGAUGACGAAGUAAUAGGAGUUAGCGUCAGUGUUCGUGACCGAGAAGACGUCGUCCAAGUCUGGAAUGUAAAUGCCUCUUUAGUGGGUGAAGCAACUGUUUUAGAAAAGAUCUAUGAACUUCUGCCCCACAUAUCUUUUAAAGCAGUAUUUUAUAAACCCCAUGAAGAGCAUCAUGCUUUUGAAGGUGGACGUGGAAAACACUAAUUGCACUCUGUAAAGAAUUCUUUGUCCUUUGCUGAUUGGUUUUGGAAACGGUCUUAACAGGAGGGAGAGUGAAGAGAAGACUUGCCGAAGCCCGAUGCUGGUCAAUUUAGAGUGGGUUUCUAUCCUUGCAGAUUGGGCAAUUAGGACUCAAAGUGGCAGGUGGGGUGGGGAGCUGGUGUGGGUUUCUACCAUCGCAUUACUUGCUUUUUUUUUUUUUUUUAAAGAAAAGCAUUUUUUGGCUUUCUAAGUUUUCUGUUUUAUUUUUUUACUCCAAAACUUUUUUUUGCCCUUUAAAAUUCCUUAUUCAGACUAAUUAUUGUUUUCUACACUCCCCUGUCAUUGAAACCCUCAAGAAAUGGGUUUCCCUUUAAGUAGCUGUGUACCUAGUUAAUGAGACUAUGCCUAACCAUGACAAUACCGCUUUUGAAAAUCACACUUCACCAGGAGGAACACUAGCUUGGUGAAACCUGUCUCCUCAUUACUUGUUGUGACACUUUGCUGUAUACUAUGAGCCAGGCAUUGUUUUUUUCUGUCCCUGGGAAACGAAAAACCAUACUUACUGUGAUUUCGCACUGACAGCACACAUAUUGUUUAUUUUUCCUUUUUAAACUUUUUUUUUUUAGCAAUAAAAAGAAAUUAAUAGUUGGCUUGCCUAUCAUGAAAACUAUAAUCACAGUUGAGUAUCAAGAUAUACAUCCAGUUUGAAGUCUUUGGACCUUCUGUGGAAAUAUUUCUAAUCGGAAUUUGAAUUCAGCCUUUUCAGCAGAAAAUUUAGAGAGGAAACAAGAGAUUUCUCCCAGUGGGAAACCUGAUAUUUCUGAUUUAAAGAGGAGAUAAUAGUUUAGUUGUUUAAAUGAAACUUCUCCUCCGAAGUUUGGGUGUGUUUACCCACUUAAGUGCUUUCGAAAUUGAUUUUAACACAUCCUGUUAAGUGAUCUCCUUUUUCUGCUCCCAUUAUGUGUCAUUUCUAAUAAUCAAUAGCCCUUCAGCCUGGGCAACUGUCCCCUCCCUUUUUCUUUUAAAUUCCUGGAAUUUAAAUCUCAUUUCCAGGAUGAACGUAAAUAUUCACCAAGCUGAACUCUGAAUAUAGUCUGUGUAUAUUAAUUAUUGGAAUUGUUGCGAUCUAUUGUAUUAUUCUACCAAAGAAAUACUGGUUUUAGUAGAAGGAUGUGGCUAUCCUCUGGAGCAUUGAGACUCUCAAGGUGCACCAAUUCCCCCCUGAUGACUUGGCCAAGCCUCUGGCUGCUUACACUUGAAAAAGGACAGGAAGGGUUAUUGAAGAUGCUUCCUUCUGAGCCUUGUUUUUGGAGUCAAGAGAGCUAGGAUGUGUUUGUAUGUUUCUCGAAAGCGUGGUGUAGUCAGAAGAUCUUUGUAUCCAGGAUUUUUAAUUCCUCUGGCAGUGUGGACCAGCAGAGAGAGCUGAGGCUACUUCAAGCCUCCAACAUGUGUUUGUAAAUAAAAUUGUCCACUCAAACAUUUUCAAGGACUUUCAACACCAUCUUUUAUGCCCUUCA